UGAGGCAACAUGGGUCACCAGCAGCUCUACUGGAGUCACCCACGGAAGUUCUGCCAGGGAUCCCGCUCCUGCUGCAUCUGCUCAAACCGCCAUAGUCUGAUCCAGAAAUACUAAGGGCUGAACAUGUGCUGCCAGUGUUUCCAGCAGUAUGCGAAGGACAUCGGCUUCAUUAAGUUGGACUAAGCGACCUUGAAUGGAUUCUU